AUGAGGGGCAAGGUGAAUAACGACUCACCUCUUGCAUUAGGCAAGAAUUUGAAGGAAAGAGGGCCAAUACCACAGAGAGGGCAGAUCAAAAAGAAGAUAGCAGCUAAAGCGAUUCGAUCACUUGUGUCUAUCAUGUCAUCAUCAUCUUCGUCUCGGUAUUUGGGUACGCCGAGGAAAAGGGCACUAACACCCCAAUCUCAACAAGCAAAUGUUUAUUAUAUGCCGCCUUCACUAACAUAUACGAAGAGGAGGGCCAUUCGAAGAAAACCACAGAAGCUUUUUGCUAAAUGUUUUAACGAUGGCCCAAGUCCACUUUCUCCAGCUCAAACAAUCGUGCUCUUUUACUCGGCCAUUAACGAGAAGAACAUGAAACAACUAGAUGCGAUAAUAGCCGAAGAUUGUUUUUUCGAUGAUUUCUCUUUUCCUAAACCAUUCCAAGGGAAAAAGGAGGUCAUGCAUUUUCUUGAACAACUUAUAAUGUGCAUGGGCCAAAAUAUGCAGUUCAACAUAGAGCAUAUAUGCAGAGGGGAAGACAAUUCAGUUGGAGUCAAUUGGCACUUGGGUACUUUACCAAUCUUCAGCCCCUUAAGAAUGUUUUAA